AAAUAAGGAAAAUAUAAUAAUCAAAUUUUUUAGUUAAAUCAGAGCAGAGGAAGCAACACAUUGAGAUUGAAAAUUUCUCUUAAAAUCCUUACAAGAACUAAAGUUAAGCUAUGGGAAGCAACUCACUUUUGCUUUGGCCAAUACUGUUGGGAGUCAUUGCAAGUGGAGACGGUAAUGACAGUGCCACCAAAAGAAACAUUAUCAAUUUUGGCUUGUUGGUUUAUAAGUUCACUGAGAGAAAUCCCAUCGAUUUCAAUGGUUAUGGCUGCUUUUGUGGACUUGGUGGGAAGGGCAAACCUGUGGAUGAUUUAGACAGGUGUUGUGAAGCCCAUGAUAACUGCUACAGUAAAAUUAUGCAUUCAGAGGACUGCCCAUAUGAGAAGGCUGUGUACCUUAUGAGCUAUUCAGUAACCAAAGACGAUGAAAAAACGGAAUGCGAACCGGCUUCAUCAUAUUUCAUAUAUGGUAAAUGUCGCAACCUUGUGUGCAAAUGUGAUUUGAUCGCUGCCCGAUGCUUCGCAAAGAGUCCCUACCAGAAGAAGUAUAAAAAUCAUCCACAGGAAAAAUGCGUGGAAGCUGAAGGGCGAUAAACUAGCUGUAGAAUCAUAAGU